UCUGAAGAAAACUGCCCUGCCCUGUUACUCUCUUUCUCCUAUAAUUAACAUCAACAACAAAUACCUCUUUCAAUACUCUCUUUUGCAUCUCCAUUUUCUUGCUUCAGGAUCUUGAACAUCGUAUGGGGAUAUCAUUUACAUGUCCACUUGCUUCUCAUACUGAUUUGGAAAACAGUCUUGAAUCUGUAAUUGUGAAGUCUAUCAACUUUGGUGAUAAUGAGCAUAAGACGCCAUUACGAUCUAUUAGCUUCAAAAUUGAAGAUUCUGAACCUAUAGUGAUGCAAUCAGAUGGUUCAGGAAAUAUGCUGAUAGAAAAAUCUGUCAGCUUAAGGACAAAGGAAAAUGUAGUUGACUAUCCAUCUUCAGAUGAUAUGAUGAAUCAACAAAGUACGAAAUCGCCUUUGUUGGAUAGUAGCAGCAGCCCAAAACAUGAGGCAGCUGUAAAGUUGCAGAAAGUAUACAAGAGCUUUCGAACAAGAAGAAAAUUAGCAGAUUGUGCUGUACUCAUUGAGCAGAGUUGGUGGAAGUUAUUAGAUUUUGCAGAACUCAAACAUAGCUCCAUUUCAUUUUUUGAUCUUGACAAGCACGAAACAGCAAUUUCGCGCUGGUCAAGAGCAAGAACUAGAGCUGCAAAGGUAGGCAAAGGCUUAUCUAAGAAUAGCAAAGCUAGAAAACUUGCUUUACAACAUUGGCUUGAAGCUGUAAGUAAGACUGUUUAUGGUUUCUUGAUUUUGUCUUUUUGGAUCAGUUAUGUAUUAUCAGGCACUAACAUGGAUGUGGUUUUUUUAUAUAAACAGAUCGAUCCACGACAUCGUUAUGGACACAACUUGCAUUUCUAUUAUGUUCAAUGGUUGCAUUCUCAAAGUAAAGAGCCAUUCUUCUACUGGUUGGAUAUUGGAGAAGGAAAAGAAGUUAAUCUUGUUGACAAAUGCCCCCGAUGGAAACUUCAACAACAAUGCAUCAAGUACCUUGGUCCUAUGGAAAGAAAGGCUUAUGAGGUCACAGUGGACGACGGGAAUCUCUUCUACAAAGUGACUGGGAAGCUCCUUGACACCACUGGUGAACCAAAAGGUGCUAAGUGGAUAUUUGUCCUCAGCACCUCGAAAACCUUAUAUGUUGGGAAGAAAAAGAAAGGAACAUUUCAGCAUUCCAGUUUCUUGGCCGGGGGCGCGACUUUAGCUGCUGGCAGGAUAGUUGUGGAACAAGGAGUCUUGAAGGCUGUCUGGCCUCACAGUGGACAUUAUCGACCUACUCCAGAAAACUUUCAAGACUUCAUUUCGUUUCUUAGGGAGAACGAUGUGGACCUAAGCGAUGUUAAGCUUGAUUGUGUCGACGAAGAAGAUUCUAUUGGCAAGAAGAGUGGUGUAUACCUCAGACAUAAUGCUUCAGAUGAUGACGUAGGUCAAAAAGAUGGUCUGGAGACUGGAGAGAAUGAUUUGGAAGACGUAACGACUUCAGAUACAAAUGAGUUGAAAGAAGAAGCAACUUUUGCUGCUUCAUCUCAUAGCUUCAAUUACAAACUGGCUAAUCUACGAAUUCCUAACAACGAUGAUUUACUAGAGAAAUUGGCAAGUGGAAGUGCAGCUGUUGAAUCCAUUUCACCAACAGAUGGAUAUGAAUCAGCAGAAGAGUUAAUUGAUAAUGAACAAGAAAGUAAAGAAGAUAUAAUUCCACAAGAAUCUAUACUGAAGAGGAUAAAUUCACACAAGGGAAUGAAGUCAUUUCAAUUAGGGAAACAAUUGUCUAGUAAAUGGAGUACUGGAGCUGGACCUCGAAUCGGAUGCUUAAGAGAUUACCCUUCGCAACUGCAAUCACAUGCAUUAGAAGAAGCUAACUUGUCCCAGAGGAGUGUUUGUCGUCUCAAGUUUUAUUCAAGGGCAUCAAGCUUUAGUAGGGAAAUGCAAGUGUCAUGUUCUAUCUGAUCAUUUCAUCGUAUCCAUUCUGUUAAGGACUCUAACAUCAUUCAAUCAACGAACAUCAUACUCAUGACAUAGGAUUAGUUCUCAUUUAUUCAUUCGUUGUGUAUAGACAAAAAUGACAUAGGAAUUCUUUCACAUUCUUUCUAGGAAUUCUUUGGCAGAUUUUUUCUAGAUGUAUUCAACUUUGUAUACAAUUCUUGUUCUUAAUAUCAGAAAACAGAACCACGUAUAACGUUCAUCAAA